GUUGUUGCUGAGACCCUGAAACUUGCUGACGUCUCCAGCAACGAUUCCAGUGACUCCCUGGAGACCCGCUUUCUCAGCAUCCUCUGCACCCGCAGCUACGCCCACCUCCGCAGAGUGUUUCAGGAGUUUGUCAAACUGACCAACCAUGAUGUGGAGCAUGCCAUCAGGAAGCGGAUGUCUGGAGAUGUGAGGGACGCCUUCUUGGCCAUCGUCCGGAGUGUGAAGAACAAGCCAGCCUUCUUCGCUGACAAGCUCUACAAGUCCAUGAAGGGUGCCGGCACGGAUGAGAGGACCCUCACCCGGAUCAUGAUUUCCCGGAGUGAGAUCGACCUGUUCAACAUCCGGGGCGAGUUCAUAGACCUGUUCGACAAAUCGCUGCACCACAUGAUCGAGAAGGACACCUCCGGCGACUACCGCAAGGCUCUGCUGGCUCUGUGCGGGGGGGAGGACUAGGUGGCCACAGGAGCCCCUUCUUCGUGUCUGAGCCAGCACGCGCGCACCCACCGCCUUGAUGUCACCGCAGCUUCGGGGCUUCAGGGGACGCUGGGUUCCCUGCUGAGGACGACUCACUUUGCGCUGGAAAGCGGCACCACAUUGCAAGCGGGGGAGUCUUGGGGAGGGGAGCAGAGGGGUCUGGGUAGGGGGAUUAUUGCCUGUCUCAGUGCGAAAUAAUUGAUACCCAAACAUGCCACUAACCCAGGAAUUUACCCAGAUGGAAAAGACAAUUUUAAAUCUCAUAAAUAAAACCUUACUGUUGCUGA